GGCGCACGCACACGAACGCACACACACACUCGCGCGCGCGGUUACAGGCACGCGCACGCACGCACAUACACGCACAUACAGACAGCUUGGCACUGAUUUUUGUACCAGCAAGCGCCACCGCGUCUACUGCACACCACUCGAAAAACCUACAACGCUGCUGCUGCUGCUGUUGCCGCCGCUGCUGUUGCUGCUGCACACUCCACACUCACACGCACGCAGUCCUCGCGUCAACCAGACUCUCUCGGUUUUUUUUUUUUUUUCAAAUAUUUAUUUAUUUAUCGUUUUAUUAUUUGACGCCGUUUUUCGAAUUACCGUGUUUUUAUUAUUAUUGUCGUAAUAAUUAUUCUUUCCAACGUCGUAUAAUAAUACACUAUACGUAAUUCAAAUACUGCCCCGUCGUUAGAUUUACACAAACAAUAAAUCGCGCAACGUAUUUCCGAACAUAUAAUAAUAAUUAUCGUUUCGAUUUCGUGAAUACCGCGUCCGACACGAAAACCAAUAUUUUCAUCGUCAAUACGUACGCGUACGUAACAACGCGACAAUAAAAUAUCGCGGGUAUUGCGCCACCGACGAAAGUCGUGUAAGUAUCGCAAUAAUUCAAAUAUGGCCCACGGCGUUCCGGACGAACCUGUUGGCAAGGUGGAAGAGAAGCGGCCCAAAGCGCCAGUCGGGUCCAGAAGAAUCUUUCCCCCGCAGUUCAAACUACAGGUAAGCGUGUUGAUAAUAAUAUCAUCUUUUGUAAUAACGUUAUUAUUGUUUUACCACAAUUAACCGCGACUAUUGCUCGCUAAAUUGGUACGUUCAAUUUUUACCGCUUUUACGCGGUCGUCACCGCCGCCGUCAUCAUUCGGGUUCUGUGCCAAAACGAAUAAAAAUAUAACACUCGUUGUUUUCGCGCUCGUCCGCUAUCGGGAUAUUAAUGCUAUUAGAAUAUUGUAGUCCGCGUUGGUCGUUCACUAAAAUGUAUUCUAUCGUAUUCCGUUUCUAAUUUAUGUUUUGCUGCUCAUUAUGGCAAAUGCGCCAAGUAAACUUCGGCUUUUCUUCGUCCAAUUAUUUUCCGCCUCCAAUAGCAACCUGUAUAAUAUUACCAUGUUGGAACGUAAUACAAUAAAUAAUUUAUUCUCUCCAAAUUAUCGGAUAAACAAUUUUUUAAAUUUUAAUUUUUUCGCGAUUGCUUUAGGUGUUGGAUUCUUACCGACAAGACUCGGACUGUCAAGGAAAUCAACGAGCUACUGCCCGUAAAUACGGUAUUCACCGUCGUCAAAUCCAGAAGUGGCUGCAGACAGAAACGAGCUUACGGUUGGCUGUGCAACAGGCAGCCGGUGCACCAAAACCUCCGAAAAUUGCCGCCGCUGCAGCGGCAAUAGUAGAGACAACGUCUGGUUCGGACAGUGAUGUGAACGUUGAAGACUUAUCAGACACAGAAGAUUCUGCCUUAGAUUUAUCUACUACUUGUUUAGAUCUAACCAAACGUAAACGUGAAGAAGAAGAACUUGAACCAUGCAAAAGACGACCUUUAGUUCCAGUUGCAUCUUCUGAAAGACCCUUAUAUGUCAGCCCCAUCAGAUAUCCUUAUGUGGAUUAUCCCAUGUAUUACUGCUGGCCACCGUGUUGUUAUAGACCAUGCUACGUAGAGCGACCAGUACCCCAAAGACUGACUUGUUCAUUGGACUUGAAAGUGUACACUUAUGAACAAAAGGAACCUUCUCUUUUAGAUAUUUCAUACCCUCAACAUUGGAAUAAACAGGACUACAGGUUUCCAAGUUCGGUAUGAAAUACUACCUAUGUGUUCAAAUGGGGUAAGCUUAUUAUUCGUAUCAAUAAGUAUCAAUGUUGAUAUGAACAACUUUUUAGAUGAUUUAUUGUAACCAUUUGCAUUGAAUUAUAAAGAAGUUAUUUAAACAUUAGUUCCGGUUAUAAUUAAAAGAAUUAUGUUAUUUAGUAUGCGUACCAUUAUAUAUUAGUCUUUAGAUAAACAUUAAUAUUUUUUUUAAAAGCUUACACGGUAUUCAGUAGCCUAUAGGCUAUAAACAAUCAGUUUUAAUGUAUGAGAAACAUUAUGACAUUAUCGCAUAUUAAUUGUACAGCAACACUCUGUAUCGUACAUUUUUUGAAAUGGUAAAGCAAAACAUAAUACCAUAUCGUUUAAAAAUUUAUUGUUUUAAACAAUUAAGAUUUCUAUUUUUAAUUACUUAAAAUUAUAUAUGAUUGGAGCAAAAAAAUGAUUUAUUAACCAUAUAAUUUUGCAAUAAACAAUUUUCUAAAGACUUUAUACAAUAAAUUAUUUUAAAGUAUACUAUAUUCAUUUAUUUAAAAAAUAAACUUAUUAAUUACAAUUCUAAAUUUUUUUAUUAAUUACCAUAUUAUAUAAAUGUUAUAAAAAAAAAUUUAAAAAAAAUUAUAUAUAUUUAAAUUAAAAAAUAUUAAGAUUUAUUUGUUAGAGUUCCUAUAAUAAGGCUAGAUGUAUCAAAUAAAACUUUUGAAUUCAUUUUAAAUGGCUCAGAGUAUAUUUUUAAAAAAAAUGUGCCAAAAAAUGUAAGUUCAAAAAAGUUGCUCAAAUAUUGCUUGUCUUCCGAAAACAACAGAUUUUUUUUUUUUGGUGCUGUCGGGUUUUACUAUAUUAUGUGCCUUAUACAAAUUUGUCAAUAAUAAGAAAUAUUAAGUCUCAGAGAGACUGACUUCUUGCUCAAUCGAACCUUGACUAAUAUUUAUAUUUUAUGAAUAAGAU